AUGGCCCAAGCGAAUAAUGAAGCAGGUCUGACUUCCCCAUUGGAUUAUAGACGGACAAAAAUCAUUAAGACAACUCAUGGACCGGUGCAAGGGAUUUUGGAAGAUGGCAUGCAAAAAUUCGUCGGAAUACCAUAUGCCCUGCCACCAGUAGGGGACUUGCGUUGGAAGCCACCAGUAUCACCGCUUCUUUGGGAAGAGCCCCUCGAGGUAGUGGAAUUCGGACCUAUCUGCGCUCAAACUUCAAUCUGCUUUCCGGGGUUUGGCUCAACCAGCUCGACUGAGGAUUGCCUUUAUCUCAAUGUUUUCAAACCCGAAAAUCAUGAACCACACCAUCAGUCAAAAGCACCUGUCAUGGUAUUCAUUCAUGGUGGAGGGUACUCGUGUGGCGCCAGCAACGACUACAACCCCGAGAGCCUUGUCAAGGACGGUCAGGUCGUGUUCGUAUCGCUCAACUAUCGAGUCAGCAUGUUCGGGUUCUUCUCUCAUCCAGAGAUCAACAGGGAGGGCCAUCCAUCCGGAAAUUAUGGUAUCAUGGACCAACAGUUGGCUCUGAAAUGGGUCCGUGAGAAUAUUGAACGAUUCGGUGGUAACAAGGAAAAUAUCACGGUCUUCGGCGAAUCAGCCGGAGGAGGGAGCAUCCUUGCACAUAUCGCAGCUCCUAGCUCCCGUGGAUUGUUUCACAAAGCCAUCAUAGAGAGUGGAGGCGCGCCGCCAACCAUGCCAUUCCCAUCCGUUGAGAAGCUCGAGUCGCUCGGAGUUGCCCUUACCAAGGCAGCUGGUUGCACUGAACAGACACCAAAAAGCUUAAGAUCAAUUCCGGUUGAAGCCCUCUUGGAGGCUGAUAAGAUAGACGAAGGGCAGUUUGGAAUUGGCAAGUUCCCAUUUGGGUUGAUGGAGGACGGAAUGAUUGUGGUCAGAGACCUUCGAGACAAAUUCUCACGCGGCGAGUUUAACAGGAUACCCAUGAUAAUCGGCGUAAACAGGGAUGAGUUCACCUGGUUUCAGGCAAUGUCGGAGCUACGUUCAGGAAAGGCCAUUUCCGCUGAAGAAUAUCCUGAGACUUUGAGUGCCACGAUCGAUCUCCUCAAUCGAUUGCACUUGAAUGGAGUAAUAGUUCCUCAAAGUGCUAUUCCACAGGUACUUGAAAAAUAUCCUGCUCAAGAAUAUGAAAGCGCGAGUAGGGCGCUUGCAGCUGUCGUCGGAGAUGCAGGUCUGAUAUCCACUGCUGGCCGGCGUGCUACCAGAAUUCUUGCAAGGUAUUGUCCUCAGGUAUUUGCGUAUGAAUUCGACGUACCAGAUACGCCUUGUCCAUGGCCAGAGGUAUCAUUUUCGUACGGAUCGGCCCACACGCUGGAACUACCGUACAUUUUCCCAGGCUUCUGUGGAGCAAGCGGCAAAGCAUCACCAUUGAGCAAGCCGCAGCAAGCUCUGGCCAUGCAGAUGGUCCGCUACUGGACCAUGUUUGCACGGUAUGGUACACCGAACAAAGUGUCUAAUAAAGAAGAUGGCAUAGCACAAGCGGCACCGAAGUGGAAUGCAUACGAUGCUGAAGAGGAUAACAUCAUGCUACUUCAAGCAGCAGAACCUAGUGAGAUGAUCAAGGGUUGGGGUGAACGGCAUAACUCCGACUUUUGGGAUGCUUUCUACUAA